AUGUUCAAGUAUGUGGAGUUAUGUGUCGAGAUGAGAAGGGGAAGGCACGCCAAAGAUGGCCUUAUCCAGUAUCGUGGCAUCUGCCAACAGUCGAAAGAGGCAGAGGGCGUCAGAGUCGCGGACGCAACGAAUGACGACGGAGACGGUCUGGUGCGGCCUGGUGGAUCUGGUCAGGGAUGCUUCAAUGGCGGAGGAUCUGAGAACGGUGUCAAGGGCCACUCUGCUCCAGCGAAAGACAAAGAGGGAUAUUUUCAUGAAGAAGUUCAGGUACCUGAAGAGCCUGAGCAACCACUAAAAAGUGCCAACUUAGGUUUCGAUUUAUGUGGAAACAAGGUACACUUUUGGAGUGCAUCAGCAACAUCACGAGCUCUCCCAUCGACUCCCCGAGCAGGAAAGCCAUCAGAUCAUUGUAGAGGUUCGAUGAGGCGCUGCAUUCUACACCAUGUUCAUCGCCCAAGUGGGGUUCCUUUUAUGACUCUGGUGGAGAGUGGUGUUCCGAUCGAGACCACGUUUUAUGUUCAUGCUCUCAGCAGAGCCACAUUUUGAGUCUUGAAUCAGAAAAGGGACCACCUGUCAACAUUUGCGGAGUCUCUUGGCAAAGCAAGGGUGAUGAUCUAUCCUCCUGCAAAGAGAGUCUCAAAAUUGGGGGAAACGCUUACAGAUUUGGUGGAAGUGGUUGAGAAAAAACACAAGCGACUUCUUGCUCGCAAAUCAAUAAUUGAAAAGCGCAAAGAAGAACAAGAACGCCAGCAUUUAGAAAUGAUACGAGAAGAGGAAGCCAAGAGGCUGAAAUUACAGAAGAUAAGUGAGGAAGAAGAACAGAAAAGGCUUGAAAAUUUAACAAGGGAGGAGUUGAUGGAGCUUGCUCGUAAUGAUUUACUCAAGGAGAAGCAAGAAAUGGAGAAAAACUUGUGAAACUCAGCAAGACUAUGGAUUACUUGGAGAGGGCAAAAUGAGAGGAGGCAGCCCCACUUAUUGAAGCUUCGUUCCAACGGCUGUUAGUUGAAGAAGAGGCUUUACACAAACUUGAAAAUCAGAGAGAAGUUGAUGCUACCAGACAACGACAUGCUGGAGAUCUGGAGGGAAAACGGAGGCUAAGCAGANUUUUUGACAGAAAAUAUUGGAAGAAACUGUAUGUAGAGCGAGAUAUUGGUAUCUAAAGG